CUCGUUCCGAAAUGCGAGCUAUCGUGCGAUUUCGGAACGAGAUUUGCUUUCUAGUGUCCUGAGAUUUGGAUACAGACCACAACAAAUAGCGAUCGCCAGAUGGAAGCCCCCACAUUUGCAAGCCUGCAGCCAAACUUCACGAGGAGCUUCCAGAGCAAGAUGCCUGAUCUGAUAGUCCCUGAGAUUCCACAGAGAGCUGGAAAGCAGAGAUUUACUUGAAACAGCUGAGGCAAAUGUAUGAUCUUCUUUAAGCAACAUGGCUUUCACCCAGAGACUGCUGGACAGAGAGACAGACUCGCUGUGCUGGCAGCAGGAACGAGGUGUCCAAGAUUUGGUCCUUCCAGUCAUUGACUCCAAACAAGGGAAGCAGAGCCAAACCAGUCAGCUACGUCUCUGCUCUCCGAAACAAUCAAGAAGUGUCCAAAAUCCCCAACCAUUUUGUCCCCAACACUUGAGCAGAGGGACCUCAGACAGUCAUGGAUGUUUUGAGUCUCUGGAUUGGGACAUAGAGGCGAGCUGCCAUCAAACACCUGAUCCAUUAUCCAUUGAAGAUGUGUGUGAGCAAAAAAUGUCCAGAUAAUUGACUGUGGGCUUAAGCUAUGGAGAAACUAUACAGACAACACAGAUCACUGAAUUUAUCACAAUCAUAGCAUCUCUUGAUUAAAAAAAAUGUGAUGUUUGUUGUCAGUUAUGAGUAUUGUGGACUUCUUAAUGUCUUUCAACUUGGAAAAAUCCAUUAUACUCUUUUUUUUUUUACGUUAAAAUCACAUGUCUUUUGUCCACAACAUAGUAAACUGUAUUACAGUCAUAAAAUAACACUACUUAUCCAUUUAAUGUCAAUUGUUAUUACUGUAAAGCCUUAAUACAUGUGUAGGUUUGCUGAAAUAAAAAUAACAUUAUGAUAUAAUGUUAAAAAACUAUCAAUAUUAUUUUUAAUUUGCAUUUAGAGUUAAUGAGGGAUGAUAAAUAUCUGAAAUUAGUAGUUUUUUUUAUUAAGUGAAAGCUGUAAUAAAAUUAUAAAGGAGAAGGUUCUUGCAUCUGAGUGCAUCUUGUGAUCUUUAUUUAUGUAGUCAUCUAUUUAUUAAUUGAUCCAUCAAUGAUACAGAAGAACCCACAAACACAGAACUGAAAUGCAUUUCAAAUGUGAGAAGGCUUAUUAAGUCAGAACAGUUCAUCUGCUUUUAAAUUAUUUUAUGAUUGGACGAAGUUUCUCAUAAAAGUGAAAGAAAUAAAAUAUAAAUGUGGACUACAGUCUGACCCUUGGCGGACUGCAGCCCAGCCGUGGUCAGCCCACAGUGGCUUGGUUUCUGCAGGUGUGUCUUUGAUCUAAGUGUCAAUAUUUACAGGUUGAUGUCAUAAAGACGGUUAAACUGCUUUAUUCAAAACGCUGUCAUCCUGUGGGCUUCAAUGAUAUGGCUGCUCCCAGCCAAUCUGUGACAAGCCCGCAAAGAUCAAAGAGGAGACGAGCCAACCAUCUCUGCUCCAAACACCCAUCCUGACAUGGAGCUUCUCUUCGGCCUAUAUAUUUAGGAGCUGUAAAAGUGUCUCUGUGUGAACGCACAAGAAGAGCACAGAGAUUCUGGAGCAGCUUAAGGUUCUUCAAUAAUCCUUGUGAUUACAAGCAUCCAGCCCUGGAGCUGUUGGACAGGAUGGCGACAGGCGCUGGCGAGUGUCCCAGCAAGGCCGUCCAGUACCGGGUGGAUCACCUCCUCAGCGCCGUGGAGAGUGAGCUGCAGGCCGGCAGCGAGAAGGGAGACCCCACGGAGAGAGAGCUCAAAGUGUCCCUGGAUGAGAACGAGCUGUGGCAAAAGUUUAAGGAUCUUACAAAUGAAAUGAUUGUUACAAAGAAUGGCAGGCGCAUGUUUCCAGUGCUGAAAGUGAACGUGUCUGGACUGGACCCCAACGCUAUGUAUUCUUUUUUGCUGGACUUCGCAUCUGCGGACAACCACAGGUGGAAAUAUGUGAACGGGGAGUGGGUUCCUGGUGGCAAACCUGAACCCCAGACUCCCAGCUGUGUGUACAUCCAUCCGGACUCUCCGAACUUCGGGGCGCACUGGAUGAAGGCUCCCGUCUCCUUUAGUAAAGUCAAACUCACUAAUAAACUCAACGGAGGAGGUCAGGUAAAUAAUGUUAAUUCUUUACACAAGUAUGAGCCACGCAUCCAUAUAGUCCGGGUUGGAGGGCCGCGGAGGAUGAUCACCAGCCACUCAUUCCCAGAGACACAGUAUGCAGUGACGGCAUACCAAAACGAAGAGAUAACUUCGCUGAAUAAAAUACAACCCUUUUGCAAGGCCUUUCUGGAUGCAAAGGAGAGGAGUGACAACAAAGACCUGAAAGAUGCCAAUGAAAACCAACAAUCUGGUUACUCUCAAUUAGGUAGCUGGUUUAUUCCAGGCACAGGCUCCCUUUGCCCUCCUGCCAGUCCUCACAGCCAAUUUGGGAGUCCUAUAUCCCUCUCGCCAUCCCACGGCUGCGAGCGCUACUCCACUCUGAGGAACCACCGCUCUGCCCCCUACGCCAGCCCGUAUGGCCAUCGAACCAACUCACCCACCAGUUACACUGACAACUCCUCGCCUUGUCUGUCGAUGCUCUCAAGCCAUGACAACUGGUCCAGUCUUCAGAUGCCAGCGCACUCGAACAUGAUGCCCGUGGCACACAACUCCACCUCUGGUACCAACUCUAGUCAGUACACCAGCCUGUGGUCUGUCAGUAACUCUCCACUGACUCCAGUGUCCCAGAAUGGGGGGAUAAACAACUGUCUGAGCUCCCAGUUCCUUCGAGGGUCCAGCAGCCACUAUCCCAGCCUGUCUCACUCAGUCACAGUGCCCUCCUCUGGCUCUCCCAUGUAUGACAGCAGCACAGUCCCAGAAGUUCAUGACGCCACUGCUCAGUAUGAAGUCUCGCCACACGGUCGACUACCGUCAGCCUGGACCCCCGUCACACCUCCGUCCCUUUGAUGGGAAAAUAUCUGUGAGCUGAGAGAGAGAGACACUCAUCAAACUUUUUCUGCAGGAUGCUUGAUCUGAUGUGACUGACAGGAAGAAUUAACUAAAAAAUAAACUGUUUUAUGAGAUCCCAAAUUAAAUUCCACAGACCAGAUAUUCCUCUCAGUUGUGGUCAGUUUGAAUUAAAUCAGGAUGUUCACAUUCCAAACCUUUUCCACUGUUUAUCUGAUGCAAAUGAGAUGCAGCAAAGGCUUUAAUUCAAACUAUUUAUGGCUUAACAAGCAAAAUAACUAUGCUAGUUUUCCUUUUGGUCUAUUUUGUUCUUGAAUUCUUCUGAUAUUGCUGUUCAGGAUAGCAAGAAAAAAAAACAUCUACUUUAAUGUUCGUCCACCAACAUCUAUUUUAAUCUGCUUAUAUUAAGCAUAACUCCAUGAUAUUCACAGAAGUUAGCAAAAAAGAUGUACAGCAGAAAACUGUUGAUGAUUUUAAGCAUUGUUUAUAGUGUAAAUGAGAAAAAAAAUCAUGGUUUAUGCACUGUAAAUAGAUAAAUAAACCUUUUUGUAGUACAUUGAGACAGUAUGUUCCACAGUAUUUUAAAAAUAAAAUGAAAAUGGGGAUCCAAUGUCAAUACUCUGCUAUGCAGAUAAUACACCUUUCCAUGUCAUUCAUAAAACUGCUUAUUGAACUCUUCAUUUUCUGUGUUGUAAAAGUACAAAGCUGUACUGAUUCAGUAAGAGGUUCCACAGAAGCACCACGUGUGAUUUAUCAGACCCAGCUAGGUUUCAUACUUACAAAUGCUACAACAGACUGCCCAGUGGAGAGUAAAUUAUCAGGGGCUUCAUAUUUCCACAGACCUUCAGGAUUCAUGUAAAUCAUGACAGGCCCCUAGUAACAUGAGGAACACUUCUUUGUUUCAUUUGAAGGUAAAACAUCAAUUUGUGUUUGUUCCAUGUCUUCAUUUUUGGCUAAAUAUGGAUUAUUACUGCUUUUUGUAGCAUUUCAAUGAAUUAACUUAAUUUUAAAAUAUCUAUUACAAGAGAACUCAACCCCUCCUCCAGCAGAGAAGUACAGAAGGACUAUUUUGCACACAUGGGUGAGGAAUUACAUCUGUACAUCUGAAGGACGGUUCUAUCUGGUGGGGUUGUGUAUGACUGAGUGUGGACGUCAGAGUGAGAAACGACACUCAACUUUAACACCCUGUUUCCAUUCACAUCCCUCUGGACAGCUUCCUUCGUCACACAGGACCAUCUCCUGUGUCUGGAAAGUUGUAACGGAUGCAUUAUGAAUAAAUUGGACUACUGGCAUCCUCAGUUUAACCUCUUGAAGCUCGAUCUUUUCUAUAUGAAACGUGUUUUUUUUUUUUUAUCCCUUUGACAAUACCAAACUGAAUAAAUUGUUUUUCAAUUUUCCCAUGGUUGUACAACACAUCAAAUGAAACCCUGGAGAUAAUUUCUCCAUACAUGAUACGUCUUACAUUGAUUGUAAACAGAAUAAAGAUCAUAAAAUAUA